AUGGACGGCGCACAGUAUGCCAGUCGCAAGGGCAAGCGUGCCCUCGUCGACUCGUGCCCGUCCUCGUCCAGCAAGAUCCCCAGAACAUGUCCGCCAAUCAGCUCCGGGGCCGAUCUGCCACCAUACUGCCCCAACACCUCUGCUACCAACGCAUGCCCGUCCUGCAACCGAGCCGAAGUCCAGCAGAGUCAUCGUUCUCGCAGCCCGCAGGCAUCGUCGCCGUCGCCGUCAUCGUCGUCGUCAUCAUCAUCGCGUGCUGUGUCCAGCGCCGACCCGUUUCCACGAUACGAGCUCGGCAUCCCGCAUCUCGAUGUCUUGCUUCCCACCCGUGAUGGCCUUGACCUCCUUCACGCCUACCAGCAGGGCGUCGGCUGGAUCAACACGCCCGUCGAUCGCACCACCCUCCUCGAGACGCUCGAAGAGGCUCAGCGCCACGGCCCCACCUCGAUUCAUCCGCAUCGCCUCGCCUGCCUCCUCGCCGCUCUCGCUCUCGGCGACCUCUUCGGCCCCUGCUUUCCAUCCUCGCUUCCAUCCUCCUCCCGUCCAUCCGCCCACUCGCCUUCCAAACGCGGCAAGAUUUGGUUUGGCGUCGCCUCUGCAUGCCUAGCAGGCUCGCGCCCCGACAUCGAGCUCAUGCACAGCCCCACCCCGGACGCCUGCUCGGCUCUCUACCUCAUGUCCAUCUAUCUGCUCUGCUCCAACGACGACGAGCUCUUCCAGCGCUCACAAGGUCUCACCGGCCUUGCGCUCAUCCUGGCAAAGGCCGCCCUUGUGCCGUCGUGCCUCCCGUCCUCGCGUCCCAUCGCAUCGCGCCAUACCACCGCUUCCGCCUCUCUGCACGCCAACCUGGUCACCCCCUGGCAGCCCGUGCCUUCUACCGCCGCACAGAGCGGCGACAACGACCGGCUUCAGUGCAAUCGUCUUCUCAGCGAUCUCAUCUUCCAUCUCCAAUGCCAGGUCCUCACCCUCGCCCUCCCUUGCACUUCAAAGGAGGCUGGCAACGUCGGUGCGAUCCCCUUGCUCGCCAACGUCCCCGACAUCCCCACAAUCCAGGCCAUCUGGACCGCGUUCGGAACUCCACUCUACGCCAGCAUCGACGCUUUCGGCAGUCGCUUCAGCCCCAACAUCUUUCACAACUGGAAGCUCGGCCUGGCCGACCUUAUGCACCAGGUUUCGUGCCUCACCAGUCCGAGCACUGCAGCUAAGCCCACAUCGCCCUCGUCAUCCUCCGCUGCCGGCCUCCAAGCCGCAGACAAGGACGCAGAUGUGCGCCCGGCCAAGCCGAGUCUGCCCGAUCAUUCGCAGAUCGUCAAGCUCGACGAGCGCAUCCGACGCUAUCACGCCAGCCUGCCCGACUUCCUUCUCCUCCACCGGCCCUUGCCCGUCGAGAUGGCCGGAAAGGUUGACGAGGACGAGCUCGCGCAGAUCAUUUGCCAGCGUCACAUGGCCUGCUCCAUGGUCCACCGCAUGCUGAUGGCGCUCCACCGUCCGUGGUUCCUCUCGGCGCUUGCUACAAAGUCUCGCCCUCCGCACACCAAGACCGCUGCGAAGCAUGGGCAGGCUGACAUCGCACGAGGGUCCGAAACGGCACAAUCCAACAAGGGCGACUCCGCCCCACCGGCGCCGCAGCCUUCUGCAUCGGACAUGUACUCCUUGUCCGCUGUGCUCCGUUCGGCAACAUGGCAGACCGAGACGUUCGCGAGCGCGGCAUCGUGCGCGCCUCCGCAGGCUCUCGCUUGGUGGCAAUUCACCAACAAUGCGCUUGCAGCGUCGGUCGUGCAGGCGACGGCUCUGCUUCGACUGUGCGGUUCCGGUGCGCCUGGUGCCGGCUCCUCCGGGUCAGCCAAGGUAGCCGGAACGGCGACGAGCGAGCCCCGUACCGCCACAUCCCAAUUCCACCGCCAGGUGCGCACCGACCUCGACAAGAACGUCUGCUCGUUCCAGAACGUCGCCAAGCGCUGCAAGCUCGCAGCGCGCGCCUUGCCCUUCCUCCAGCGCGUAUGCGCCGCCAUCGACACGGGCCUCUGCAAGUCCAAGACGCAGCAGAUGCCCGACACCGACGCGUUGCAGACCAGCCUGGAUGAGUCCGAGAGACCCUUGGACCACAACGAGCUGGACGCAUGCGGCCUGCGCACUAACCUUCCACAGCAUACGUCCCCAUCCCAACAUAGACCCGACACGGACAACAGCAACAGCAUCAGCACACGCAUUCAUCCCGAGACCGCUUCCGACAUCAGCAACAGCAUCAGCAACAGCAUCAGCAUCAACAGCAACAUUAACAGCAAGGGUCACCUGGCCAGCAACAGUAAAGUAACCAACGACAACAACAUUGCGGGCGCCAGCAAGACGACCAUCCUUAUGAAGACGAGCAAGGCCGCGACCGACGGCAGUUGUUCGCACAGUAGCAGUGGCGAGGAGGCUGCUUCAGGGCUGCGGCCUGCUCUGCAUUGCCCGCGGGGUGAGGCCGAGACCGCCUGUGCCCGGACCGAGCAGUUGGACAGCCGACCGGCCGUGGCCGUGCGCCGCGCAUCGAGUGCCAACUCACGCGCAGGCUCGGAUCUCGAGGCAAUCUUCGGUCCGAUCGCCCAGGGUCUCGAGCCGCCCGAGGCGACGAGUGCGCCGCGCACGAGUGCGGGUCUGGCCAAGCCUUUCUACCGCCAGAACUGGGACCCGCUGUCCGUGCCGCGCGACGCGGAUCGGAGCAGCUCGCAGGCGCCGCACAGCGACGCGGGCUCAUCGUCGUCGAGCACCAUGCCUGUCACACCGGCGGCGACACUGGGUUCGCGCUCGCCUCGCCUGGGCUCCCGUGUAGAGGUUCCUGACGCGACUCCAUCCGCGGUUGGCAGUGGCAACGAAGGCCAGCCACCGACCACGGCGACGACGACAUCAAGAAAAAAGACGAGCUUCGAGUCGGAUCUGGUGCUGCAGUGCAUCCGAUUUUGGCAGCCGGAUCUGCUCGCUAUGCCGUCGCGCGCCUCAGCCGCUCCGGGCAACACUUGA